UUUUCCAGAUAUUUGGAAUUCCCUCUUUCCUCAAUCCCAAUCCCAAUCGCCCAUCGGUUUAAAGCACGUUCCGGCGAACAAGCACAAAAGGGAAACUACCGAUCAAUCAAUUAAACCGGCGAUGGAGAUGAAGGAAGGGUCUGUAAUUCAUCAAGUCCUCGUUAAACUUCUCGAUGGGAAGCACAAAACCCUAAAUUUCAGUACCCCAUCCAUCUCGACCCUAACCCUAAAGCAGAAAAUCCAAGCCCUAACUUCAAUCCCUUGUCACCUUCAGCUCCUGCUCCUUUCCAAUUCAUUCUACCCCCUACAUGACGACCGCCAAACUCUAAAUCUCUUUAACGGGUCUAAUUUUCCAGUGGUGGUGAAUUUGUUGGUGCGCCUGAGGGGAGGUAAAGGAGGAUUCGGGUCAUUGCUGAGAGGAGCGGCGACGAAGGCAGGGCAGAAGAAGACGAAUAAUUUCGACGCGUGCAGGGACAUGAGUGGACGAAGGCUAAGGCAUGUGAAUGCGGAGAAGAGGCUGGAAGAGUGGAGGGCUGAAGCGGAGGAGAGGAAGUUGGAGAAGAUGGCGGAGGAUUUCCUUAAGAAAAAUGCCAAGAAAGCAGCGAAAAAGGGUAAUAAGAGUGGAGAUAGUAACACGGAUAAGUAUGUGCAGAAGUAUAGGGAGGAUUCUGCUAAGUGUAUGGAGGAAGUAGAGAGGUCUGUUAGGGAAUCGCUUAAGGGGUUUGUUUCAUCUAAAAGGAAAGGUGCUGCUGAGCUCAAUGAAUCUGAUCCCAAGAAGCUCAAGAUAUUGUUGGGUAAGAGGAUAAUGGGCGACAGUGAUAGCGAGGAUCUAGAUGAUGAUGACAGUGACAAAGACGAGGAAGAGAAUGACAAAUCCAUUGUCAUCGAUAAUGAGAAUAAUUCAGACUACAAUGGAGAAGCAGAGGGAAGUUUGGAUUCUGUGAUUGGCAGGAAAGUUGAUGGUGUUGCAUCUGAGAGCGGCUCCGAGGAAGAAAAGGAUACUCCUCUGAAGAAUUCUGAAUCUGGUAAAGAUGUCAGUGUAGUUUCAGUUCAGCAUGAAGGUGAAAGUCCGUCCUCACUCACUCCGGACAAUCAAGAAAGACCUGGACAGAAUUGUGUUGCCUCUAUUGUUGGCACUGAUAUUGCAUCUGCAACUGAAAGUAUUCAAACAGAAAAGGAAGUUUCUGGUAGUUCUGAGCCAAUUGUUGUGGAAGCUAGCUCUGGUGAGAAAGAAAAUGAUGUUGCUGAAGCCAGCGAUAGUUUAAGCCCUAAACCAGUUCCUCUGGAAGAUGCAACAUCAAAGGAUUCAGACUUGAAAAAGCCUUUCAAUUUUGAGGAAUUUAGUUCAGCAGCAGAACUGGAGGCCGUCGGUAUGGAGAGGUUAAAAUCAGAACUUCAAGUGCGUGGGUUGAAGUGUGGGGGCACUCUGCAAGAACGUGCAGCCAGGCUUUUCCUACUCAAAACCACACCUACGGAGAUGCUUCCAAAGAAGUUGCUCGCUAAGAAAUAAUUGUGUGCUCGUUUGUUUUGCUUUUGAGGAGCUGGUUGUAACUUGUAAACCCAAAUGUUUAAGGAAAGUGUCAGCUUUUUCUCUGUUAGACGUACCAUGUAGAAUUGUAGAUAUGAGUGUAUUUACUGGGUUCCAGAACAUGUUCCGAGAAUGAUGAAUAGUAGUUCGCAUUUUCAGAGUUAUAAAAGGUUACUAAUGUUGAUUUUGUUUUGA